GGCAGGAGGCAGAGGCGGCCGGAGUGAGCCGGAGGUAUGGGCCAGGCGGCCUGGAAGGGGUUCGCCCAGUCGCUGUUCGACUAUAAGACCGCAAAGUUCGUGGUCGCCAAGAGCAAGAAGGUGGGGCUGCUCUACCGGCUGCUGCAGCUCACCAUCCUGUUGUACUUGCUCAUAUGGGUGUUUCUGAUAAAGAAGAGUUACCAGGAUAUUGACACUUCCCUGCAGAGUGCUGUGGUCACCAAAGUCAAGGGUGUGGCCUAUACCAAUACCACUAUGCUCGGAGAACGGCUCUGGGAUGUAGCCGACUUUGUCAUUCCAUCUCAGGGGGAGAACGUUUUCUUCGUGGUCACCAACCUGAUCGUGACUCCUAACCAGCGGCAGGGCAUCUGUGCUGAGCGUGAAGGCAUUCCUGACGGCGAGUGUUCUGAGGACACUGACUGCCGUGCUGGGGAACCUGUUGUCGCUGGACAUGGGCUGAAAACUGGUCGCUGUCUACGGGUGGGGAACUCUACCCAGGGUACCUGUGAGAUCUUCGCUUGGUGCCCAGUGGAGACAAUGUCCAUGCCAACGGAUCCCCUCCUGAAGGAUGCUGAAGGCUUCACCAUUUUCAUAAAGAACUUCAUUCGCUUCCCCAAGUUCAAUUUCUCCAAAGCCAAUGUGCUAGAAACAAACAACAAAGACUUCCUGAAAACCUGCCACUUCAGCUCCAAGAACCUCUACUGUCCCAUCUUCCGACUGGGGUCCAUUGUCCGCUGGGCAGGGGCCGACUUCCAGGAUAUAGCUCUGAAGGGCGGUGUGAUAGGAAUCCAUAUCGAAUGGGACUGUGACCUCGAUAAAGCUGCCUCUAAAUGCGACCCACGCUAUUAUUUCAACCGUCUGGACAACAAGCACACCAAAUCCAUCUCCUCUGGGUACAACUUCAGGUUCGCCAGGUAUUACCGUGACCCUAACGGGGUAGAGUUCCGUGACCUGAUGAAAGCCUAUGGCAUCCGCUUUGAUGUAAUCGUCAACGGUAAGGCGGGAAAAUUCAGCAUCAUCCCUACCGUCAUCAACAUAGGUUCUGGGCUGGCACUCAUGGGUGCUGGGGCUUUCUUCUGCGACCUGGUGCUUAUCUACCUCAUCAGAAAGAGCGAGUUUUACCGAGACAAGAAGUUUGAGAAAGUGAAGGGUCAGGAGGAGGAAGCCAGUGUGGAGCUUGAAGCCAAUGAGAUUGAACAGGAACUGCCAGAGGACAAGCCACCAGAAGGGGGUCAGCAGGAUGAGCAUCCCCAAGAGCUGGUCCAGAAUAGCAGAAAGCAUAAUAGCAACUGCCAGGAGCUCUUUGAGCCUGCCAGGUCCACCUUGCUUGUCUAGCACAGCCUCCUAUUGCUGUGGGAGAUCCCGUGCUUUCCAGCCCUCAGCGUGAACAUCGUCAAGCAUCUGAGCUGCAGCGAGGACAGUGGUUCUUUCUCUUGGGCUGUGCCUGCCUGCUCACUGCCAGAGAGAGAGGCUGCGACCGCCUGCCUGCCGUGUACGCUGCCUCAGAAAGGCCGUGCUGCAGAGUUCCUGCCGGCCCUCUCUCUGCCUUCGGCGCGCACCCCUCCUCCAAGGCCUGGCCUCCAGGAGAAAGCCAUCUUGAAUGUGAAGCAGCCACAGCUCUUGCAAACAGUGAAGACGUAGCCAGGACUCUUGGCAGAGAACACAUUCAAAGAUGAUGGGGCCAGGACAGACCACAGCUCUGAACUGGGAAGAGGCAUCUUGGUGCCUGCUCAGGAAGGGGCUUCUGGGAACAGGCUUCUCAACUCCAGGGUUUUUGGUUGUGUGGAGGGGAGCCUCCUGUUGGCUCAGAUGCAGACAGGAGGCCCUGGGGCAGGUCCCCAGGAAAGGGGCAGGCCAGGGGCUUCAGUGGUAGAAUGUUUACAUGCCCAUCUCUGAACCCAGAGGGACAGUCAUUUAUUCAUUCAGGCAGCACACAUCUACGGGUGCAUGCUGUACUUUAUUCCUGUUUGAGAGGCUUAAACGAGAUGCUGACCAGGCCCCAGGGCUCACAUGGAACUCUCUCCAGAGACUUCAGCCAGCCCAGACAGCCUGGCCUUCCUCCAGCCUCUAGCCAAGGCUCCCGACAAGUCUCAGCAGAGAAUGAUGGCUGCUCAGAAAAGCUGUUGGAUGACAUCCAGGGGACAUUUAGCUCCACCCCCGAGUGUAAAAUUUAAGGGUGGCCGAGGAGGCAUCUGGGAAAAACUUAAGGGAAGAACAAACUCCAGGGGCUCCUGGGUGAGAUUCCGGCUUAGAAGGCAGGCGAGCCACUAGCCGUUCUAGCCCCCACCCGUAACUAGGGUAGCUCUGGGAAAUCAGCUUGCCCAGGUGAGAGAUGGACUUGCCUGUGCAGUUUAGCUCUGGCUGUUUUUUUUUUUUUUUUGAGGGGGAGGGCUGGGGUCAUUCCUGGAAGUCCCCGAUUGAUUUCUUGCUCUCAGAAGCUCAGCCUUGAAGUGCUAAAGAGAUAAAUGAGGACUUUCUGAAAGGUUGUCCCUGAUCCGUGUGUCCUGUUCCGUCCCCACUGCAUUUCAUUCUAUGGAGCUCAAAGUGCGGUCCAUGGACCAGCACCCACUCUGCAGAGAGCCUGACAAAAAUGCAUCUCCGGAAAGCAUCUCCACCAUAAGCCAGAGACAGUAAAUAUCCUUCCACUGGGCCCAUGCAGGGGGUAAUCAGCAGGGGUCUGAUAGCUGAGUGAGGUGCUGUAGGCCUGCAGACCCAGCACAUGGGGGUGGGUCACCUGAGCUCAGAAUUUCAGUGUGGGCAAUAGAUAGUGAU